CCAUCAUUCUCAACACAUUCAUCCAUCUAUACGAAUUAAGUUCAUUCAGUUUCAGUAUAUGUUCAGUUCGAUCAAAGCUUCGAUGGCUUCAAUGUUGCAACUGCUUCUUCUGUUUGGUUCUUUGAUGGUUGCUUCUGCUGGUAGCUUCAAUAAAAAUUUUGAUAUCACUUGGGGAGAUGGCCGUGCCAAGAUGCUUAACAAUGGGGACCUUCUUACUUUGUCUCUUGAUCAAGCCUCUGGUUCUGGCUUCCAGUCCAAGAAUGAGUAUGUCUUUGGCAAGAUUGAUAUGCAGCUAAAGCUUGUCCCCGGAAACUCUGCUGGCACUGUCACUGCUUAUUAUUUGUCCUCAAAAGGUUCUACAUGGGAUGAAAUUGACUUCGAAUUCUUGGGAAAUUUGAGUGGUGAUCCUUACAUUGUUCAUACUAAUGUGUUCAGCCAAGGCAAGGGCAACAGAGAACAACAAUUCUAUCUCUGGUUUGACCCAACUGCUGAUUUUCAUACCUAUUCCAUUCUCUGGAAUCCCCAGCACAUUGUCUUAUCUGUGGAUGGAAUUCCCAUAAGAGAGUUCAAGAACUUAGAGUCAAUAGGUGUUCCAUUCCCAAAGAAUCAGCCAAUGAGAAUAUACUCCUCACUCUGGAAUGCUGAUGACUGGGCUACCAGAGGUGGACUUGUGAAGACAAACUGGACUCAAGCUCCUUUCACUGCUUCUUACAGAAACUUCAAAGCUAAUGCUUGUGUUUGGUCUAAUGGAAAAUCUUCCUGCAAUUCAAAAAAGCCUUCAUCUUCACCCAGAAAUGGUGCCUGGCUCACUCAAGAUCUUGACUCAACAAGUCAGGAAAGACUGAAAUGGGUUCAAAAGAACUACAUGAUAUACGAUUAUUGUAGAGACACAAAGAGAUUUCCCCAGGGCCUCCCACCAGAAUGCAGUUCAACCUAAUAAAAUCACAGUUUGUUGUAGUCAUUGUAACCAGUAAAGUCCAAUUCUUUCAUUCUUUUGAAAUCUUAAAUUCUCCUUGUAAAGCAAUUGUCAUAAUACUAUCUUCAUUUAAUGAAAUACGCAAUUGAGACAA